AUGAAGGCAAUUACAGGUCUACGCUUGCUUCACGUUGGGGGUUGGGAGGCGCUGGCAGCGUUCAUCGGUCCUUAUGGGAAGUUGUCGCCCAUCACCGAUUGCGUCGCGAGGAUAGCGGUCGUGUCAGAUGGUAAGGGUGUCGCCGAAGUUCUGGCCUUGGCGCCUCCCUCGGAGUUUCUGGGAUCCUGCCUCGAGGACUAUGAUUGGCUCCGUCGUUGGAAUCGCCUUCGAGUCUGCCACCCGGAAGGGUCCGAGAGGCAAGUGAAAGCUUCCGCGCGCAUCGAGCGCUUACUUGCGCGGACCCUGAAGGAGCAUCUCAACGACACGGACCCGUCCGUUGCCAAUGUGGUAUUGGAGAACGCGUUUGGCAGAGAGCUUACGAAGUGGCUGGACACAAGCAGUACCGAAGACACGAAGAUCGUCGAUGGAAGAUCAAAGCUGGAGAUCAUAGAUAUGAGGCCGCUAGAUGACGACGAGCAAAUACAGCUCUUGGCGCAAUAUCCGAAGUGGAGUGCUGCAAUUCAGGAUUCCGGCCCCGCCGCGUACUGUAUUGAGGUCGAGGGCCAGGCUAUUCGUGAAGAAACUGGAAGCUUCUGGCGACGGCCAAGGUUUCUCAAAGGUCUUGGUAUUGCCUGCGCUGUGGGUUUGAGUGGUGCGGUGAUAGCAGGAGCGGUGUUCCACCUCUAUAGAGCACGAGCCGACAGUUUGACACCCCCGGAUUCAGAACUGCCGAGUAUUCUCGAUCCUCUUUCGGUCUCUACCUACACUCCGUCUGAAGGGCCAAUGCCCAGCUCUACUCAGUCUGAGGGCCAAAUGCCCAGCUCUACUCGGUCUGAGGGCCAAAUGCCCAGCUCUAUAGCGUCGGAGGGCCAAAUGCCCAGCUCUACUCCGUCUGAGGGCCAAAUGCCCAGCUCUACUCCGUCUGAGGAGCCAAUGCCCAGCCCUACUCCGUCUGAGGGGCCAAUGCCCAGCUCUACUACGUCCAAGGAGCUGAUUCACAGAGACACUCCAAGCGAGGCCCCGAUGCCUGCAUAUACUCCGAUUACUGAGGCCACGACGCACAACUACACAUCGUUGUGCGAUGCCCAAUUCUCUCGUUUGUCAGAUGCCGAACGGUACAAGUAUGCGGUGUCUUGCGAUUGUAAGGCUUGGUCCGAGUCGGACUUGGUCGUGAACUGCAAACCCGUGGCGAUCGAGUCCAGGGCUGGCAACAUAGCGAUGUCUGCACACGAGUUGGCGUGGAUGAGAAUACCCUCUGACACUUGCAAGGGCAUAUACGAUAACAACAAGAACGCGUCAAUGGUAGACGCGACGGCGGAUGCCUGGAAGACGUUGGACUGGUCCAGCUGUAACAUGGGCGGUAAGGUGGUUUGCGUCGAUGACCGCGGCGAGGACCUGAGUUGUCAUUACUUUGGCGAUCCGUUCAAGUACGACUUCCCGAGAGUCUGGGAGGCGGUCAUCCGUCACGUAAAGCCCUCCCGUUGCCUCAUCACAAACCACGACGACAUAAAGAAGGAGUAUCUCCUUCACCUAGCCCGUGGACGGGCCGCCGCCAAGUGCAUAGGUCUCGACAUAUACGGCAUCAGCCAGCAACGUCUAUACUAUCUACUGGGACGAACCUUUAGUUCACAGCUUCCAGACGAUCCAUGUUACGGCGUUUACAACGCCUGUCAACUGCCGAAGCACGGCUGUCGAUGCGUCGAAGCUCGAUUCAGCGUCGUGGCGGUGGGCCUGUCAGGAGAGGACGUGUUAUGGGGAAAUGUUACAGACUUCAUGACCACUGCUGCGGAAAUGAAAGGGAACUACUCCUUGUUCCAAACACCAGGCUACUUCCCAAAGUACUGUAGCUUUGAGUGCCGAAACCUCAAGACUGCAACGCUCAAACGUGUCAAGAACGAGAUAACAAAUUUUUUGGCCUUUUACUCGACUUGA